AAUUCAUCACUCCAAAUCUACAGAACAAUCAGUUUUCAUUAAUCUUCAUUAGUAAAUUUCUCUUCAAACUCUGUAUUUCAAUCAGCAAUGGCAGGACGAGGAAAAUUUUUGGCAUCCGCCGCAAAAAAGAAGGGUACAUCAAGAAGCAGCAAAGCCGGUCUCCAGUUUCCCGUCGGCCGUAUUGCCCGCUUCUUGAAAUCGGGAAAAUACGCCGACCGUGUCGGCGGUGGAGCCCCCGUUUAUCUCGCUGCUGUUCUUGAAUAUCUCGCCGCCGAGGUUUUGGAAUUAGCGGGAAAUGCAGCGAGAGACAACAAGAAGAACAGAUUAGUGCCGAGGCAUAUUCAGUUGGCUAUUAAGAACGACGAGGAGUUCAGCAAAUUGCUGGGUACUGUUACUAUUGCUAGCGGCGGUGUUUUGCCCAAUAUUAAUGGCGUGUUGCUUCCUAAGAGACCUGCUAAUCUUACCAAAGGCGACGCUGGUGAUGAUAACUGAAGAAAUCAAGUACAUAAUUUAGAAAAUUGUAUUGUGAUUUGGGUUUUUUUUUAAUUUGACUUUUGUGUUAGUUUGUAGGAUUUAAUUUUCUUUUGUAGUUCUGUUCUCCUUGUAAUUGAACAAUUUUAGAAAUGCAAUUUAACAUUUUGCUA